AUGCUCGGCCCCACGGGGCUGUUUGUGGGGGCAACGCUCAGACCCGCUGUCGAUCCUCACAGUCAGCAGGAGAAACGACGUUGCUUUUCUCACCCCAAAGAUUUCCCCAAAGCCAGGAAGGGAACCCAGGCAUCCCAGCACCCGUUUCCCCCCCACGUCACCCCCUGGGCACCCAAUUGGAGGAGCAGAGCACCCCGGCUCCCAUCCCAGCUCCCUCCGCCAGGCUUCGCUGCCCUCCCUGCUGGGACGCAACGCAGGCGAGGCGGGAGCAGGCGCCCGCUGCCUCAACCUGCUGAGGCUCGUCCUCUUCCAGCAGGACUUUCUGGUUCCCGCAGUCCCGGCGGGGCCACGCUGGGCUGGGCUGAGCCGCAGCGAGCCCUGCCACGAGCCGAGCUGGGAGCCUGGCACCGCGGCAGGACCUUGGCCGCUCGCUGGGCGCCUGGCAGCGCGGCUGGACCUUGGCCGCUCGCUGGGCAUGGGCCCGCAAGGGUUUUCUGGCCGCAGCCGCCUGCGACCAGGCGCCUGCCGGGUGCCGAUGCUCCAGGGACGGAGGUGAGCAGCUCUGUCCUCGCCCGCCGGAGAGGGAUGGUGCUGGGACCCUCAAGGGGUGCAUCCCUGCCGCCCCCCGCCAUGCCCGCGGCUGCCCUCCGCCUGCUCUGCGGUGUGGUGAUGCCGGCCGCCAUGCUCUGCGCCGAGCCCCUGCCCCGCGUCGCCUUCCCCAGCGGGGACCCUCGACGGACCCUGACCCAUUUCAGCCAGGACAACGUCUCCCACUACGACAUCUUCCUCCUGCACGAGAGCGAGGAGGAGCUGUAUGUGGGGGCCCGUGACCGGGUGCUGGCCCUCACCGUCGGCACCCCGGGCAGCAUCCGUGCCAAAGCCUCGAUAACGUGGGGACCCACAGCUGAGAAAACCUCCGAGUGUGCUUUUAAGAAGAAGAGCCAGGAGACCGAGUGUUUCAACUUCAUCCGGGUCCUUGUGGCCCUGAACCAGACCCACCUCUACGUCUGCGGGACCUACGCCUUCAGCCCUGCGUGCACCUACAUCCACCUGGAGAACUUCACACUGAUGUCCAGCGGCAGAGGACAACCUUUCCUGGACGGGAAGGGCCAGUGCCCCUUUGAUCCCCAGCACACCUACACGGCCCUGCUGGUGGACGGCGAGCUCUACGCCGGCACCAUGAACAACUUCCAAGGCAACGAGCCCAUCAUCUCCCGCUCGCUGGGCAGCCGGACCCUGCUCAAGACGGACGCCUUCCUCCGCUGGCUUUCGGCCGACGCCGCCUUCGUGGCCUCCUUCAGCAUCCCUGGAGAUGACAAGGUCUACUUCUUCUUCGAGGAGACGGCCGAUGAGUUUGAUUUCUUCGAGCGGCUGCUGGUGCCGCGGGUGGCCCGCGUCUGCAAAAGCGAUGUCGGGGGGGACAAGGUGCUGCAGAAGAAGUGGACGACGUUCCUGAAAGCCCAGCUGGUGUGCUCGCAACCCGGCCACUUCCCCUUCAACGUCAUCCAUCACGCCUUCCUCCUGCCCCGCCGCGACGGCGGUGCCGACUUCUACGCCGUCUUCACCUCGCAGUGGCAGGCGGGCAGGGCGGGCAGCGCAGCCGUCUGUGCCUACAGCCAGGAGGCUCUGGAGGAGGUCUUCGAGGGCAAGUACAAGGAGCUGAACAAGGAGAGCUCUCGCUGGACCGUCUACAGCGGCCCCGACAUGAGUCCCCGGGCCGGCAGCUGCUACAUGGGUGCCUCCUCCGACAAAGCCCUCAGCUUCAUGAAGGACCAUUUCCUAAUGGACGGGAAGGUGUCACCCACCCAGGGGCGGCCACUGCUGGUGAAGACAGAUGUCACGUACACGCGCAUCGCGGUGGACGAGACUCAUGGCGUCUCGGGGACCACUUACCGCGUCAUGUUCCUGGCCACGGCGGAGGGUUUCCUGCACAAAGCGGUGGAGCUGCCCGCGGGUCCCCACAUCGUGGAGAGCAUCCAGCUCUUCGGGACGCCGGAGCCGGUGAAGAACCUACUGCUGGCCCCAGGGAAGGGCAUCCUCUAUGUGGGCUACUCCCGUGGCAUCCUCCAAGUCCCGUUGGCCAACUGCAGCCUGCACCGGAGCUGCGCCGAGUGCGUGCUGGCGCGGGACCCGUACUGCGCCUGGAACAGCUUCGAGGGCUCCUGCCAGCCCACCCGCACCACCGCCGCCGAGGACAUGAGCGCGUGGCUGCAGGACGUCGAGGCGGGGAGCCCAGCCACCAUGUGCCACCGCGGGAGGAGCACAGCCAUGCCCCGCGCCCGGGGGGGACAGGAGGAGCCCGCCGCAGAGAGGCUGAGCCCCCCGCUUAACGCCGUGGUCCGCCUGCCGUGCCCCCGCCGCUCCGCCCUGGCCACCUACAGCUGGCAGCAGCCCGGCAGCCGGGGGGGCCGGGGGGACACGGCGCUGCUGCCUGACCACACGCUGGUGGUCAUCAUGCAACGGGGGACUGCCGGCACCUACAAGUGCCAGGCCACUGAGAACGGCUACACCUGGACCGUGGCUCAUUACCAGCUACGGGACCCCAGUGGGGCAGCCCCCCAACCGGACGGGCUGGCCGAGGAGGGGUUGGCCUGGGGGUCCUCAGGCCUCAGCACCCCCCGGUCUUACUGGCCCCAGUUUGUCACCGUCACCGUGCUACUGGCUGUGACACUGGCCGCCGCCGCCUGCCUGGCCCUCCUCGCCUACCACGACCAGCUCAAAGCCAGGAGCAAAGUGCGGGGCUGCAGCGCGCCCCACAGCCCCUCGUCCCGGCACCGGGAGAAGGUACCCCUCAACGGGGGGACCGGAGAGCCCCCGGUACCCGGAGUCCCCACCGAGGAGGAGGAGGAAGGCUCCCGCGCUUGCUGCCUCCAGCUUGAUGGGGACAUCGAUGCUGAUAACAACAGGCUCCACGUCCCGGCGGGGAACACGGCAUGA